GUGCCACAUGCCGCACAAGACUUUAAUUUGUGCUGCCCAUUCUGAUUUCUUCCAUCACAAGUUCUAAGGCUAAUUAAUGCUGACAUUGAAAAUGUCUAGAUUCCUAGUUAGCUAGCUGAGCCUCACAGCCACCCGUAACUCAAUUCAUAUUGUCCACUAUAAUACCGCACACAGGAGGGCGCCCGCACUACACAGUCGAUUGUUGGUUUUGCAACUGGGGUUGCCGCAGAUCUUUAUUUGGAAGGCAAUUAUUUUUGCUCUUGUGCAGAGCACAGCGCAACCUCUGUUGCGUUUGUGCCCCGCCUUUUCCAGAGAACCAGGAAGUGCCUUUAGGGCUGGAAUUCUCCUACAAGCAAGAUGAUUGUGAAAGUUUUUGCAAACUGUGCAUUUUUCCUGAAACUGAAAAAAUUAACCAUUCAAGAGAAAAACAGACUGAAAUGUUGCAUUAAAGAAAACGGUGGACAGAUUAAAUUUGUGUUAAAUCAUGAGUGCACUCAUGUUGUUACUGAUGAUGAUGAUGCACUCAGCUCCAUUCAUCUGAAAACCAUCCAGAAGUAUCAGCUGCCUGUUGUAGAUGCUGAUUUCAUAUGGAACUCAAUUGAAAAAGGAAGACUUUUACCCACUGAUAACAAUGAGCCUCCCCAAACUCCAGAAUGUAUAACUGUAACAGACGUGGAGAUUUCCCCAGUUUGUGAGGACAACAAUCGGACGAUAAAGAAGUCUGUUGGGGAGAAUGGCAAGAGGGAGACAAAUGACAGCAGCAACAUUGGUGGACUAAGAUGGUUUUCAGAGAAUGAUAAAAAUAUUCCGUAUUUUCCUGAAGACUUUGAGGUUGCAAAAUAUGAUGUCCUUAAAAAAGGAAAACAUGCUGGAUAUGUUGUUGUGGAACUUCAGUGCUCUCAGCAGCAUUGUGAUUAUCCCUUCCGCCUUUGUGUGCACUACAGUGAAUCGGCUAAAGACCAGGAUCACAAACAAUUUAUACCAGCCAAGACUUCUGAGGAAGCUAGAAGAACCUAUGUGGUUUGUAUUGAACAUCUGAAGAAUUUGGAUUUUCGGUUAAGAAAAGACUUUCCAAAUAAUGCUGAAUAUUUAGCUUCAGUAAAAUUGCAAGAGGUGCUUGUAGAAGAAGCCAUCAGUUCCAGCACUUUGUCUGAAGAAGUGGCUGUGUUUGUGGAACUGAUUUGGAGUGAAGCACUUGGACACCUGGAUCAUCUGUUAGCUAAACCAGUAACCAGCAUCAGCCUCAAUGAUGUGAGCAAAGCAGAAGGUAUUCUCCUUCGAGUGAAGAAGGCACUGGAUGAAAUGAAAUCUGCAGAGGAGCUGACCACAAUGAUCUUGGAGUUCUAUAAAACCAUACCCCACAGAAGCGGGCUGGAUUAUGAUGUUAGCAAAAAACUUUUAUCUGACAAGCAGGAUCUCUGUCAGCUAAUCAGGGACAUGCUGAAUAUUCGUGAAACAAAUAUGUCAGUUCCAAACCUAUCAUCGCUUUCCAAGUACCGGGCUUUGAAAUGCAAAAUAGAUGUUCUUGAUGAAUACACUGAAGAAUUCCAUAAUGUUAAACAGCAAUUGGUCCAAAAUAAAGACAGUGGAAAUCCAAUAGAAGUUUUGCAGAUAUAUAAAGUUGGCAGAUUAAGAGAAACAGCAAAUUUCGAGAGUUGUCUUGGCAACGUUCAGUCCUUAUUCCAUGCUUCACCACCUCGCAACUUUGUUGGAAUCCUUUCUCGAGGACUUCUCCUGCCAAAGAUAGUGGUUGAAGAACAUGGCUUGGAAAGAACUGAUUCUGGGAACUUGGGCAGUGGUAUUUAUUUCAGCGAUGCCAUAAGUACAAGCAUUAAGUAUUCUCAGAAAAGUCAAACAGACGGCAGUCGGUUGCUCUUGAUUUGUGACGUAGCACUUGGAACUUCUUAUGAGCAAAUCUGGACAGAUGAGUCAUUAACUACAGCACCAUCAGGCUACCAAAGUGUGCAUGGAGUCUCUAAAGAAAAGGAGCAUUAUUCAGCAUUUGAGGCUGAUGAAUUUGUGGUGUACAGAACUAGUCAGGUCAAAAUCCAAUAUGUGGCUAAGGUUUGCCUUGAAGAGGAGAAAGUAAAAGAAUUCAAUCCUGUAAUUCAGACUGAUGUAGAAGACCAGGUACCUUUCUCCAAGCCUCAGUCACAGCCUGAAGUUUGUGAAAUACCAAGCAAAAAUCUGCUGAGUGAUAUUACUGCUGGUCUUCUGGACAAAUCUGGAAAUCCAAUUCCUCUUAAAGAUGUUCAUAUCAAGGGAAGAAUAAUAGACUUUGUUGCAGAGGUAGUGGUGUUUCAGACCUACGAAAAUCAAACUGGCAGCCCCAUUGAAGCCAAAUAUGUCUUUCGUUUGGAUGACACAGCUGCUGUAUGUGGAUUUGAGGCUUUUAUCAAAGGGAAACAUAUAAUAGGAGAGGUUAAAGAAAAGGAAAAGGCACACCAAGAAUACAGAGAAGCUGUCAGUCGAGGAGAUGGAGCUUAUUUGAUGGAUCAGGAUGCCCCUGAUAUUUUUACUGUUUCUGUUGGGAACCUGCCACCUUCAACUAAGGUCCUAAUCAAAAUCACCUACAUUACGGAGCUCCGUUAUGAAAAUGGUUGCCUUUCCUUUCACCUGCCUGCUGCUGUGGCACCUUGGCAACAGGACAAAGCAUUAAAUGAAAACACACAGGAAUCAGUAAGGACAGUUUCCAUUAAGCAAGUAGGAACAAAGCCAGGUGAAUUCUCUUUAGAAAUGUCUGUUGAGAUGCCCUUCAUAAUUAAACACAUUAGCAGCUGGACUCAUCAGCUUGAAAUAAAGAAAACAGAUUGUAAAGCUGUGGUCCGUACUGUGGAGAACAGUUCCUUGGACAUUAGUGGUUUUGCAAUAGAAAUCCUGAUUGGUAAUGAACAUUUGCCCAGAAUGUGGGUAGAAAAGCAUCCAGAGAAAGAGAGCGAGGCAUGCAUGCUUAUAUUUCAGCCAGAAUUUGCAGCACCACUUGACCCUCUAAGCACCAGUGGAGAAACUGUUAUCUGCUUAGAUUGCUCCAAUUCCAUGGCAGGUUCAGAAAUCCAGCAAGCUAAACAGAUUGCAUUAUGUGCUCUAGACUCAUGUCAUUCUACAACACGGCUAAGCGUUAUCAAGUUUGGCACAAAUUUCAUAGAAUUUCCUUCCAGUCCUGACGACUUCACCACAGAUUGCGCAGCUCUGAAGGCGUUUGUUAAGUCUGCUAAAGCCACAAUGGGAUACUCUGAUUUAUGGAAGACUCUACGUUACUUGAAUUUGCUAUACACUUCUAAAGGCAGGCGCAACAUUCUUCUUAUAUCUGAUGGACAUAUUCAGAAUGAAGGCCUCACCUUGCAGAUGGUGAAGGAAAAUGCACAGCACACCAGGAUAUUUGCAUGUGGAGUUGGCCCCACAGCUAAUCGUCACAUGCUGAGAUCUUUAUCCCAAUAUGGAGCUGGAGCCUUUGAAUAUUUUGAUGUAAAAUCAAAGUACAAUUGGAAGAGAAAGAUAGAAAAUCAGACAACUCGAAUGUUUUCCCCAGGAUGCAGUGGUGUUUCCAUUAAAUGGCAACAGUUUGAUACAAGUGCACCUGAACUAACAUAUGCUCCUGCUCAGAUACAGUCUCUGUUUAAUCAUGAACGUCUUCUAAUCUAUGGAUUUAUCUCCCACUGUACUCAGGCCACUUUAAAUGCACUAAUCGAUAAUCAAGAAUUGCAGACAGUGGUGUCUACAACUGAAUUGCAGAAGACAAGAGGAACUAUGAUCCACAAACUUGCAGCCAGAGCCUUCAUUAGGGAUUAUGAGGAAGGGAUGCUUGAUGAGAAUGAAACGGAACAUGAGAUGAAGAAGCAGAUGUUGACAUCCCUUAUCAUUAAGCUCAGUCUUGAGAACUCCAUUGUGACCCAGUUUACAAGUUUUGUAGCAAUUGAGAAAAGGGAUGCAAAUGAAGACCAGAUCGCGGAUACUCUGAACAUUUUGGAGCUUGUAGCUAAGGAAAAUGUAGACAUCUUACCAUACAUGCAAUAUCAGCUACCAACAGAAACCACUGAGUAUCUUCUCCGUGAGUUCAAUGGGGUGUCUCAGAAGGCAUCUAACAUGAAGUAUGACCUCUGUAGCGAUAGCAUUUCCACCCUAGGUUUUAAACAGAUGCUGAGCUGUCCCCCAAAACUCUUGGCUGCGUCGCGGGCCAUGGAUCUUUCCUCACCGAGUUCUGACGCUUCCAUCAGUGAUUUUGAUGCUGAUAUGGGUUUCUUAUUUGGCUCUUCACCAGAAGAGAGUUAUAAGGCUUCCGUCAGUGGUACUGAGACUCAAGCUGGUUUCACUGGAUUUGGCUUUGCACCAAAAGAGAGUUAUAAGGCUUCCGUCAGUGGUACUGAGACUCAAGCUGGUUUCACUGGAUUUGGCUUUGCACCAAAAGAGUCUUUCUUGGUGGAGGCGAAUAAGAAGUGGUGCACCUCCACAUUAUUUGAUCAGAUGUCUAAGGCUUCUGCCCCUGGUACUGGUGCUAUUGCCUAUGAUUUCGCACUAAAUUUGACCUGUGCCCCAGCACAAAUAUCAAAGAAAAAAUUGAGUAUCUUCAGUGAGCAGCCCCAUUUUUUGCAUCCCUCAAACGGGGAGAGCGACAGCAGGAUACCAUUGCCCACAUUACCACCACCACCACCACCACCUUUGGCAUCAGAAGAAGUUCCACCUUUUAUGCCUCUUUUACCACCACCACCACCACCACCACCUUUGGCAUCAGAAGAAGUUCCACCUUUUAUGCCUCUUCUAGGAGAGCAGAGCUCACUUCCCCCAACUGGGCAUGCAGCUGGUUCAUUUGAGGAACUUAGGGCUUGUUUAUUGAAACGAUUAAGCCCACAAUCUCCACAGACAUCAAGAGCACUUUUACCAACAUUAGGGAAGGAUGAUGGGGAAAAGGAAAUGCCAAAGAUGCCACCGGGAUCACCAAUGCUUGAUGCUCCAAUGCUUAUGGCCCAGAGUUCUGACGCUUCCAUCAGUGGUUCCAAGGCGGAAAUUGGUUUCUUAUUUGGCUCUGUACCAAAAAAGAGUUAUAAGGCUUCCGUCAGUGGUACUGAGACUCAAGCUGGUUUCACUGGAUUUGGCUUUGCACCAAAAGAGAUGUCUAAGGUUUCUGCCCCUGGUACUGGUGCUAUUGCCUAUGAUUACGCACGGAAUUUGGCCCGUGCCCGAGCACAAAUAUCGAAGAAUAAAAUGAGUAUCUUCAGUGAGCAGCCCCAUUUUUUGCAUCCCUCAGAUGAGGAGAGCGACAGCAUGAUACCAUUGCCCACAUUACCACCACCAGCAGCAGCAAAAGCAAAAGCAAAACCAGCAGCAAAACCACCAGGAGCAGCUUUGGCAUCAGAAGAAGUUCCACCUUUUAUGUAUCUUCAAGGAAAGCUGAGCUCACUUCCCCCAACUGGGCAUGCAGCUGGUUCAUUUAAGGCGCUUAGGGCUUGUCCACGAGCUCCACAGAAAUCAAGAGCACUUUUACCAACAUUAGGGAAGGAUGAUGGGGAAAAGGAAAUGCCAAAGAGUUCUGAUGCUUCCAUCAGUGGUUCCAAGGCGGAAAUUGGUUUCUUAUUUGGCUCUGCACAAAAAGAGGAUUUUCAUGCGAACCCGUUUGCUAAAACAUGGUUGAAGCCACGUAAAAAACAAAAGGCUAUACAAAAGCCACUAAGCGUUGUUUCCUGGCCUCAGCUCUUUAAGAUCCAGAAUCAGGAGGGUUUUUGGCAGCUCAACCCUGAGCUUGGGAAUCUUUUGAAUCUUGAUGUGGAUUUAAUCCAUGUUUCACUUGCCAAAAAUGGAAUUCAGUCACUCGGUCCCAAGGGAAAAGAGAAGCUAUCGCAGCUGAUAGCUACACUUCUGGUACUCGAAAUUAUACGUUAUUGGAAACUGGAAGGCCUGAUUUUCAAAUCUCUAAUGCAACUCGGCGACUCUCCUGAAUCAUGGGCACUUACAUUAGUAAAGAAAGCAGUUGAAUGGGCAAGAAGAACUGACCGACAAUUUCCAUCUAUUUGUCAGCGUCUUGAACUUGGGAAGGACUGGGAUUCUGCCACUAAGAAGCUUCUGUGUUUAGUGUAAUUGAGACCAACACUUCACCGCCUCCUUAUCCUUGCCUUUAGUACUUAAAUCAAAAUGGUUUUGACUAGCAAGUCAAUAGCACUAUUGCCUAUUUCAUUAUCUUCAUAAAUUUGUAGGCAUUAGUUGAUCUUAAUUGAUGAAGUUUUUGUUUGCUGUCUGUGUAGCUUUUCAUUGUCCUGAUUUUCACCAAGAUAAUAGAAAUUCAUGAACCUAUAAAAUCUAAAAUGGUAGUUUGAACCAUCCGGUCUCUUCCCCCUUAACAACUCUUUAUUCUCUGCCAACCUAAUCUUCUCUAACCUCAUUCUGUUUUCCAAUUCAAUGUUCAGUAAUAUUUGCAUGAAAAAUUAACUCCCAUCCCUCUCAGUGCUUUGGCUCUGGAUAUUUCCAGCUGGUAGUUCAUUCCAAAAUGAACAUUAAUUCUUAUGAGCGAUUUUUCAGGGACUUUAGAUUACAUUAUUUGUGCCUAUAACUUUAUUGCAAUUUAAAUGACAAUCUGUGAAACAUCUCUGACUCAAGGUAGUCCACAUACAUAGAUGUUCAUGAUGCAGAGCUCUUCUUGCAGAUGGAGCUUUUCUGAGUGGAAAGGAAUGUGAAGAUGCUGUUCUUGAAUAUAGCUGAUAGUACAGUAGAUUCGGUGAAGAAACAUGUUUAAAACUCAUUUUAUUAAUCUACAUAUCAGGGGUGGCCCUUCCAUGAGGAGGGCCAUGAGGUAGUGUGAGACAUUUGCCUCAGGCAUGGCGGAGGGGGACGGGUACAAGGGCAGCAAGCCAUCACAGGUGCCACCCCACAGGCUCCCUGGCACCUGCGGUCACUGUCCUUCCAUUGGGGCAUGUUGGUUUUUCCUUCCUCACCCUGCUGGGGUGUGCCGCCUCUUUUCUCUCCCACCCCAAGCAGGAGCUAGGAAUGGCCCUGUCGCCAUUGCCUGACUUGGUGGCAUAAUCUGAGAGUGUCCACAUGCUCUUGCUGUCUCAGCAUUGUGGCCUGAGAAUACUAAGCACCCUCCUGCAGGUGGGGGGCAGGGGCGGGUGUCAUUGCCUCAGGCAGCAAAAGUGUCUUGGGCUGCCCCUGCUAAACUUAAGUCAGAUUUGUUACCCAAGUAAUGUGCCUAACACACUAUGAAAUGGCCCUUUUAUGAUUAAACUAGAGAGAUGUGAUAUGAGCUGACUUUCUGUUCCUUUGGCUGAUGUGUGUUCCAUUUGAAAUUGCUACUGGAUACAUUAAAUGGCAGGAAAGACAGUUAAACAAACAAUCCAGAUUUUAUUUCCUGCAAUAAGCUGCUAGCUCUCUUAAAACGUCCUUAACAUAAAAUUCUUACAUUUUAUGAGAAUACCCUUGAUUAGGAAGUUGUAGAUUCUAUUGCCUCCUGCAAGGCCUGUUUGUAACUUGACCCAAACAGUCCCUGUUUAAAACCUUCCCACUUUUUGUCUUCAAAGAGCAUUCAGCUAUCAAAUUAUAACUAGCAUACCAGCCAACUAGCCAGCCAUACAUCAUAUUCUUCUUCUUCUUCUACUUCUUCUUCUUGGCUUUGAAUACAUAUGCCUAAAGGAGAGGUAUGUCAUGUGUCGCUCAAAAGCUUGCUUCUAACAUGGAACAGCAAUUGGAACAGCAAUUUGGAACAGCAAUUGAUGUAAUAAAAUAUAUUGCUUGUCUCAUCUGCAGUGUGGUUUAUUGUCACAUUGGUCCUAGAAAAGGACUCUUUAGUGAUGAGUUGCACUUCACUUUUUAAAGUUGGUUACAAAAACAAAAACUUAAAUGACAAAAUACAUGGAUGUACUGUCAAUUGUGAAUGAUACUGUAUUGGAUAAAAACAAUCAGGCCUUCCUGCUUGACAUGAGGGGAGCCAUUUUUGUGCCAGAACUGCGUGGAAGCUGGAAAGAAUAACCUUUGUGCAUAUAUGAACUGUUUCCCAGUUUCUUCGUAGUAACCAUAUCAAGUUUUUACAUACCACUGCUAAGAGACCAGUCUGGCCUUAACAAGGAGAAAAAAUGUGCAUAAGCAAAACAAUAUCUGUCUCUCCACUCAGAGCAACAUUUCAAGGACUGGUUAAUAUAAACUAAAAUAAUUGCUUUGAAUUAGGAGGGACUGUUGGAAUGAAAGCUCCCCCCAUUAUUAGGUGUUUUAUUCAUUCAUUCAUUCAUUCGAUUUCUAUACCACCCUUCAAAAAAUGGCUAAGGGCGGUUUACACAGAGAAAUAAUAAAUAAAUAAGUUGGCAGAGGCACUCUUACCCCUGGGCUUCAGGGUCAAAGUCCAGGGCCUCCACAGCCCCUGCCCCCCCCCCACAAUCCUGUUUAGUCUGUCCCAGGUGGUGUGGUUGUCCAGCCAAGCAUGAUGAUGUUUAAUUUGCAGGGGGUGGGGGCUCCAACGGCCUUUAGGUCCAAGCUCCAAAAUGAUCUAGGUUCACCUCUGGGUGUAGGACUCCAGAGCACACACAGAAGGAAUUUUGAUUCACGGGCUGACCAGGCAGUCAGACAGACAGCUGUCUCACCUAUGGCCUUUUAAAGUAGCAGGAUGGACUCAUCACCUAUUUUAAGAUGAAGCCAGUUUCUUUUGAGACUGGAAGCAAUAGCUGAAUUCUAUUAUAUUAUUUUAAGAAUGUUUUUUUGAGAUGCCAGAGAGCGCUAAAGAGCCACCUUUUGUAUGCAAGCUAGGAGAGAGUUUUUCAAGCCUUGAUUGGUUAUUGAUUAUAUUUGAGUGUUUAAUUUGAUGCAAGCCUUUUGGUGAUGGCAAGUUAUUCUCUUGAUACAAGCCUCUUCUUUGUAAAAUUGUUCUUCUUUUCCAAGAAGAGCCUUUUAUACCAAACCUCUGUAUCAUGCUGUUUAUAUUAGAUUUUGUUAGACAAUAAAAGUCAUAUAAAGAAGAGAAUAA